AUGGCUGGUAAGAUGUACGUGUCUAAAGGCUACUCGAUCUACACCUAUAUUCCAGACCUACAUGGUGGUUAUGAUCAUGGGUCAAAAGACCCCAUGAACGACUAUAUUGGUUCAGGUUCCCCUUCAAAAGUCUACGUUCAUUCCCCAACCAUGUCGAGUAGUUCAAGCUCAUCCAAAUUCAACAAUGGAGAAGUUUGGACCAUGAAAACUAACAACAUUUCAGAUGAAGCCCAUUCAAAACUAGGUGCAACACAUCAUCAUGCUCUUACAACUUUGACUGAUAAUACGAAAGAACCCUCGGGUUUUCAAGAUUCUGUGAAUCAUUCUCCAUUGUUAGACCUACAUCAAAGAGGGUUUCUUGAUGAACUUUCUACCCAUGCACAAACACUGGAGACAGAAAAGCGAUAUGGACGACCUACAUUUGUUGCUAAAGCUAAUGACAUAUACAAGAAGCGCUAUCAAUGGUUAUGA